CUUGAGGGUCCAUCAGGAUGUUUUACUCUUCAUGAUUAGUGUUUGAUCAGGAGUAAUGGACGUCGCUCCAGCUCUUUGGUUCCUGCUGUGGGGUCUGAGCGUUUCUCUGGCGGGCGACUGGGAGCUUGUAGACACCACUUUUUCUCACCCCGAGGAUGCAAUCGAUUACAAGGAUCCCUGUAAAGCUGCUGCCUUUCUGGGAGACAUUGCACUGGAUGAAGAAGACCUUCGGAUAUUCUAUGAGGCCAAAAGCAGUAAUGAAGCACAACACAAUGAUCGCACAAACUCAGAUAACAUUUCAUCUUCAAAUCAAAACAUCCAGAGAGCUACAGACAAGCAGCGUCAGCGCCGCCAGAGAAGAGCAGCGACCUCCAGGCCUGAGCGAGUGUGGCCGGAUGGCAUCAUCCCAUAUGUGAUCAGCGGGAAUUUCAGUGGCAGUCAGCGGGCCAUUUUCCGUCAAGCAAUGCGUCACUGGGAGAAACACACUUGUGUGACAUUCACAGAGAGAACAACAGAAGAGAGCUACAUUGUUUUCACCUACAGGUCUUGCGGUUGUUGCUCCUACGUGGGAAGGCGAGGCGGUGGCCCCCAGGCCAUCUCUAUUGGAAAAAACUGUGAUAAGUUUGGCAUUGUGGUUCAUGAACUUGGGCAUGUAAUUGGCUUCUGGCAUGAACAUACACGACCAGACCGGGAUGAGCACGUAAGCAUCGUUAGAGACAACAUUCAACCAGGACAGGAGUAUAACUUCCUGAAAAUGGAACCGGGUGAAGUGGACUCAUUGGGAGAAGUGUAUGACUUUGGUAGCAUCAUGCAUUAUGCAAGGAACACAUUUUCCAGAGGCAUAUUCUUAGACACAAUCCUGCCCCGUUAUGAUGUCAAUGGAGUCAGACCAUCAAUUGGACAGAGGACACGACUAAGUAAAGGGGAUAUUGCUCAAGCCCGGAAACUCUACAAAUGUGCAAGGUGUGGAGACAGCCUGCAGGAGAGUUCUGGAAACUUCUCUUCUCCUGGUUUUCCAAAUGGAUACUCAGAAUACGCUCACUGUGUUUGGAGGAUUUCCGUCACUCCUGGAGAAAAGAUUGUCCUUAAUUUUACCUCCAUGGACCUCUUCAGGAGUCAUUUGUGCUGGUACGACCACGUAGAGGUGCGAGAUGGGUUCUGGCGAAAAGCUCCCCUCAGAGGCCGUUUUUGCGGGGACACGCUUCCAGGUCCAAUUAUCUCUACGGACAGCCAACUGUGGAUUGAAUUCAGAAGCAGCAGCAGUUGGGUGGGAAAAGGCUUUUCAGUUUUUUAUGAAGCCAUGUGUGGGGGAGAGGUGAAGCGCGACAGUGGCCAGAUCCAGUCGCCCAAUUAUCCCGAUGACUACCAGUCCAACAAAAAGUGCGUGUGGAAGAUUACAGUAGCAGAAGGGUUUGAUGUUGGCCUCACCUUUCAGUCUUUUGAGAUUGAGAGACACGACAGCUGUGCCUACGACUAUGUGGAAGUGAGGGAUGGGAGUUCAGAGAGCAGCCCCCUGCUCGGCCGAUUCUGCGGCUAUGACAAACCGGACGACAUCAAAAGCAGCUCCAACCAGCUCUGGCUCAUGUUUGUAUCUGAUGGAUCGGUCAACAAAGCUGGAUUUGCAAUCAGCUUUUUUAAAGAAAUGGACGAAUGUGCCACACCUGACAAUGGGCACUGCAAGCAGCGCUGUCUGAACACGCUGGGAAGCUAUAGAUGUGCAUGUGAUCCUGGAUAUGAGCUAGCAGCUGACAGACGCAGCUGUGAGACAGCUGCCUGUGGUGGCUUCAUCACCAGUCUGAAUGGCUCCCUCAACACCCCUGGCUGGCCUAAAGAAUACCCACACAACAAGAACUGUGUGUGGCAGCUGGUGGCCCCCAUUCAGUACCGCAUCACCUUGGUGUUUGAUGGGUUUGAAACCGAAGGCAAUGACGUGUGCAAGUAUGACUACGUGGAAGUGCGCAGUGGGUUGAGCUCAGACUCAAAGCUUCAUGGGAAAUUCUGUGGAGCAGAGAAACCCGAUGUCAUCACCUCCCUUCACAACUCCAUGAGAAUAGAAUUUAAGUCAGACAACACUGUGUCCAAGAGAGGCUUCAAGGCUCAUUUCUUCUCUGAUGUAGACGAGUGCUCCAAAGCUAAUGGAGGCUGCCAGCAUGAAUGUGUAAACACCUUCGGGAGCUACAGCUGUCAGUGCCGCAGCGGAUUCAUGCUCCAUGAUAAUAAACAUGACUGCAAGGAAGCUGGCUGUGAUCAUGUUGUAAACACUGUGUCCGGCACAAUCAGCAGCCCCAACUGGCCUGACAAAUAUCCCAGUAAAAAGGCCUGCACCUGGUCUCUGUCCACAACCCCGGGCCAUCGGAUUAAACUUGUCUUUAACGAGGUUGACAUGGAGGCUCAUCUGGAGUGUGCUUACGACCAUCUGGAGAUCUUCGAUGGGAGAGAUGUUCGUGCUCCACCUCUGGGGCGCUUUUGUGGCACCAAAAAACCAUCUCCUGUCAUCUCCAGUGGAAACAGACUGUUCCUGCGAUUUUUUUCUGACAACUCAGUGCAGAAGAGAGGAUUUGAAGCAUUAUACAGAGCAGAAUGUGGAGGAAGCCUUAAAGCUGAGGUCAAGACAAAAGAUCUGUACUCUCAUGCGCAGUUUGGAGAUAACAACUAUCCCGGAGGCUCUGACUGUCUGUGGGUGGUUACUGCUGAGAAGGGUUAUGGAGUGGAGAUGAUCUUCCAAGUGUUUGAGAUUGAGGAGGAGACAGAUUGUGGUUAUGAUUACGUGGAGCUAUAUGACGGCGCCGACAUCAAGUCUCCAAGGCUGGGACGAUAUUGUGGAUCAGGGGCUCCAGAAGAGGUCUACUCAGCUGGAGAUGCCAUUGUUUUAAAAUUUCACUCAGAUGAUAGCAUUGGUAAAAAGGGUUUUCAUGCACGCUACACAAGCACAAAAUUCCAGGACACAUUACACACAAGCAAUUGACUCUCUGAGACUUAACUGAGAUUCCAGCUCUAACAUUUAGUUGGUCACACCCACUUCCAGGCAAGGAGUAAAUGCCUGUGUUAAUACCACAAACACCAGCCCACAUUCUUUACAUUUACAUUUGUUAGACUAAGUGAAAACACACAGAAAAAACACGUCUUUACUUCUUGUCAUUAUAUAGCUGUAUAGAGAAAAGUUGUUUAAAUUAAGAAAGCAGAAUGAGACUCACCACCUGUAAUGAGCUGAAUAAACUACUGUGUUAAGAUGUAAAAUGUAUAUAUUGAGAUAUAGUUUGCUGUGAGUUUUAGUUUUUACAUCCAUUGUCUUUUUUUUACCUUCCGAUACUGAAAGGUGGGUCAGUCUUUAUGAAUGAAUGUAGUGCAUUUUGAUGUAUUAUACU